AUGGCCCUCACUUCGAGAGGCAAGGAGAUGGUAUGCAUCGUGUCUGUGCUGGUUGGCCUCUCCUUUAUUGCAGUCGUACUGCGCGCAAUUGCUCGACUGAAGCGAAGAGUACGCUUUGGAGUCGACGACUACCUUUCCUUUGUGUCAAUAAUACUACUCCUGGGCAUGCUGAUCGAACUGGGGCUCUGGGUCACCAUUGGAGGUAACGGAGCCCAUCAGAACAGUCUGGGCAAUAGCACCAUGUUGAACUUCUACAAGAUCUUCCUUGCCAACCAAUUCACCUACUUCCUCCUCUGCCCCGCCAUCAAGAUCUCGAUUAUUUGUUUCUACCGCCGAGUCUUUACGACCAAGACCUUCCAAUGGACAACCCUCGGCAUCAACAUCCUCAUCGGGCUCUGGGGGGCCGCCAUCUUCCUCGCCUGCGCACUGCAGUGCCGGCCGCUGCGAGCGUUCUGGGACCACAGCGUGGCAGGCCAGUGUGUGGACGGGAUGACGCUGAUCAUCACGAACCAAGCGUUCAACGUGCUGAUGGACUUCGUGAUCCUAAUCCUGCCGAUCCCGAUGAUCUGGGGCCUACACCGCGCGUGGCAGGACAAGCUGGCGCUGAACGGCGUCUUCGCCCUGGGCGCCUUCGUCUGCUUCGCCAGCAUCUACCGCAUCGUCGUGCUCUUCUGGAUCGAUAACGCCGACACCACCUACACCGUCUACCAGGCCACCCUGUGGACCCACGUCGAGCCCUCCAUUGGCCUGAUCUGCUCCUGCCUCCCCAUCAUUCGCGGCCUGUUCCCGCGCUUCAAGGUCCCCAGCCACCGCCGCUACCGCUCCGCCCCCUACUACAUCCCCACCGACGUCAGCACCUCACAGUUCGUCGUCUCCGCUGGGCCCGCCAAGGGCCCCGGGGCCGGCGCCACGGCCGCCGCGCAUGAGUUCUACAAGAUGGACGAGGGGCUCGGGUCGCGUUCUACGUCCACGGACGACAGGGAUGCCUCGUCGUUCUUCGCGCACAGUCACAGCCCCAUGGAUAUCACCGUGCGCACGGAUAUCAAGAUUAGCGAGGAUAGUUCGAAGUCUCAUGUGUGA